AAAACACACUCACUCACACACACGAGAGUCUGUCUGAGUACUUUUGAAAGAGAGCAGGAUCUUCAAGCUGUCAAAAGAUCAGAGAGAGCCCGUCCCUUCACUUAUGAGAGCCGUUUACGCCACAAAUACUGUUUCUGCUGAGCGGGAGGAGGCGCGUUUGUCUGCAAACCCCGCUUUAAAACAAGAAAAAUGUCAGUGAACCCGAAAUUUGUGAGUCCUUUCCACAGACCGCACUGUUUAUCAGCCGCUGCGCCCGCAGGACAAGCCAAACUCACACACCCUGGAAAGGCCAUUUUAGCUGGUGGGAUUGCUGGAGGCAUUGAAAUCUGCAUCACAUUUCCCACAGAGUAUGUGAAGACUCAGCUUCAGUUAGAUGAGAAGGCAAACCCGCCUCGCUACAAAGGCAUCGUCGACUGUGUGAAGCAGACGGUGCGUGGUCAUGGGGUGAAGGGUCUGUACCGUGGUCUGAGCUCUCUGGUCUAUGGCUCCAUUCCCAAAGCCGCAGUGAGGUUUGGGAUGUUUGAGUUCCUCAGUAAUAAGAUGAGGGAUGAGUCUGGGAAGCUGGACAGCACUCGAGGGUUGCUCUGCGGUCUGGGCGCAGGAGUGGCCGAGGCUGUGGUCGUGGUGUGUCCUAUGGAGACUGUAAAGGUCAAAUUCAUCCACGAUCAGACCUCAGCGAACCCGAAGUACCGAGGAUUUUUCCAUGGUGUGAGAGAAAUAGUCAGAACACAAGGACUCAAAGGAACAUAUCAGGGACUGACCGCAACAGUCCUGAAGCAGGGCUCGAACCAGGCCAUCCGAUUCUAUGUGAUGACCGCUCUCAGAAACUGGUAUAAAGGUGAUAACCCCAAUAAGGCUAUUAACCCUCUCGUGACCGGAGUGUUUGGAGCCGUUGCUGGAGCUGCAAGUGUGUUUGGAAAUACACCACUGGAUGUGAUCAAAACCAGAAUGCAGGGAUUGGAAGCUCACAAAUAUAAGAGCACAGUUGACUGCGCCGUCAAAAUCCUGAAACACGAAGGGCCGGCUGCGUUCUACAAAGGCACCGUGCCCAGGUUAGGUCGGGUGUGUAUGGACGUGGCUAUAGUGUUCAUAAUCUACGAGGAAGUGGUUAAAGUUCUCAACAAGGUGUGGAAGACGGACUGAUGGGCGGAGCCUGGCCUUCAUGACAUCAUAUUACAGCAUUUCCUCAUCAGCCAAAAUAUCUGCCAACAGCAGAUGACUCAGAAAGCCUCUGAAAUGUGCUUAAUUACCACCGUUUAAUCAAUUUCCCCAGCUAAUGUGAGAAAGACACCAAAUACUUGAAAAAACUACUUUUUAACCCAAAGACCAAUUUAAAUAUCAGACUUUUAAAAAAAUGUUAAAUGGAAACUUACAUCAUUAGGGAUGUAUUUUAUUUAAUUUUUUAAACAUUAGGUAGCAUAGUAAAAGUAAUUCUAGUUUUAACUAUAUUAUUUUCUAAAGUGCAAUUUACCAGCAAAUAUUAAACUUUUUAAUUGUCAUUUUAUUUUCCUAACUUGUGAUUAUAUACUAAGUGCUGAGGGCCUAAUUUGAACACUGUAAAACUUAAGAAAAAGUCUAAAUCUGGAUCCAUAUAUUAACCUCAUCCACAAAAAAUAACACCAAAGCUUUUAAUUAUAAGAUAUAAAUGUGUUUUGUACCCUAUCUAUACGUUUUUAAUGAAGUCUCUUCUGCUUACCAAAGUUGCAUAAAAA